AUGGAAAACGUGGAGAAGCUCCAAUUUCCCGCUUUAGAUAUCACCGGUACCAACUACAUUUCAUGGGUUACAAAUGUUGAACUUCAUCUUGAAUCUCUUAGUCUAUCCCAGACCAUUAAAGAGAAUAAUACUUCAACGCCUCAAGAAAAGGCUAAAUCGGUGAUCUUCCUUAGAAGACACCUUGAUGAAAGUAUUAUUUAUGACUAUGCCAACAUGAGAGACCCUAAAGAGCUAUGGAAGUCUCUGAAAGAUCGAAUUGUGGCCGAAUUGAGAUACUGUGGUGAAACGAUCACCGAAUCUCAAAUGCUUGAGAAGACAUACACCACAUUCCACAAGAGCCACAUCACCCUUCAACAACAGUACAGGUUGCGGGGAUAUACCAAAUUUUCGGAAUUGAUUGUAGCGCUUCUCAUAGCAGAAAAGAACAACGAGUUAAUGAUCAAGAAUCACAUGACUCGUCCAACUGGUUCUAAACCGUUUCCUGAAGCAAACACAUUAGAUGCGAAGAAACCACUCAAGGAAAAUAAUACCUUUCGGGGUCGCGGUCGUCAAAACUACCGUGGACGACGACGAAAGUACAAUCCACAAGAUAGGAAGUCAUUCCAGUGGGUCCGCUCUGAGCAAACCCCUAAGGGAAAAGAGCACCAAGGAAAUACCUCCCAGAAGCGAGAAGAGGCUUGUUUCAGAUGCGGUACUAAGGGACAUUGGUCUCAUUUAUGUCGUACCCCUGCACACCUUUGA